CCGCUUGGACGUUCUUCUUAAGCCUCACCGCCUCCGGUGGUUGUUUCUUCUAUCUUCCUUUCUUCUCUGGCCAGAACGGAUCACAACUUUAAGCUCUUCGUUUCUCAGACCAUAUCCCAAACCAAUCUUCAUUUCUAUCAGCAUUUCCGGAAUCCUUUUUCGUUUUCCGGUAUUCGGAAAACAGUGAAUUGCGUUUACCGGCGGCGAUUGAGUGAGAAGAACUGGCUACACAGGGCGAGUUUCAUUCCUUUGGUAAAGUGUGCAACGAGAUAUAGAUAUCAAUUUUCGGUGGGCUUUGGUUUUCUAAUAAGACAAUGGCCAGAUGGGAUGAAAUUUUUUCUCUUCCAGUACAGAAUCCUCCAACCUUGGAAUUUUCUUCAGCUGAUCUUGUGUGGUCUAAGGUUGAAGGAUGGCGUGACAACAUGGAUAGAGUUGCUGUAAUCCCUUUUGCUAGAGUUGGUGAUUUUGUGCGUGGUGAGUCUUCAAAUAAAGAAUGUCCAACCAGAUUUCAUGUUGAAGCAAGGCGGCGAAGAGCCUUGAAAGCACCUUUCAAGGCAAAGGUUGAUGGUGUACUGGAAUACAUUUUGUAUUGGUGUUCCUUUGGACCUGAUGACCACAGGAAAGGGGGAGUCAGACGACCCAGUAGAAGUACUUAUGUACCAAAGAAGAAAAAUGCUGGACGGCCAAACACUAAAAGGGGUUGCACCUGCCACUUUAUCGUCAAACGCUUAAUUGCUGAACCAUCUAUUGCACUGAUCAUAUACAAUGAAGAUAAGCAUGUAGAUAAGAAGGGGUUGCCAUGCCAUGGUCCUCAAGACAAGAAGGCUGAAGGUACUCGUGCUAUGUUUGCACCCUACAUCUCUGAAGAUCUUCGUCUACGUAUAUUGUCGCUUCUGUAUGUUGGUGUUUCUGUGGAGACCAUUAUGCAAAGACAUAACGAAUCUGUAGAGAAACAGGGUGGUCCAUGCAAUCGUGAUGACCUUUUAACUCAUCGAUAUGUAAGAAUACAGGAGAGAAGCAUCAGACGUUCCACUCAUGAACUUGAUGAAGAUGAUGCAGUAAGCUUAUCUAUUUGGGUUGAAGGCCACCAAAGUAAUGUCUUCUUUUACGAGGAUUUUACUGAUACAGACACCUUUACUUUGGGAAUUCAAACGGAGUGGCAAUUGCAACAAAUGAUAAGAUUUGGCAAUCGUGGCCUUCUCGCAUCAGAUUCAAGGUUUGGAACAAACAAGUUGAAGUAUCCAGUUCAUAGUCUUGUAGCAUUCAAUUCAGACUACAAUGCAAUUCCAGUAGCUUGGAUUAUUUCAACGAGAUUUGCUAGUGGGGAUGCCCAUAGGUGGAUGAGGGCUCUUCAUAGUAGAGUUCAAACCAAAGAUCCUUCAUGGAGAUUAGCUGGCUUUGUUGUGGAUGAUCCUCUUGCUGAUGUACAAACAAUAAGGGAGAUAUUUCAGUGUUCUGUUUUAUUAAGCUUCUGGCGGGUCCGCCAUGCAUGGCAUAAAAACAUACUGAAGAAAUGUUCUGAAAAUGAGAAACGAGCUGAGAUAUUAAGACAACUUGAAAAAACAGUGGAUGGAGUUCGCCAAGGUGAUGAAAACGUGGAUUCAUUUGAACAGAUGAUUAAAGAUCAAGCUGAUGAUCCAGAAUUUGUUGACUACUUUAAGGCAACCUGGUGUCCGAGACUAGGGAUGUGGACUACAGCACUAACAAGCCUUCCACUCGCCAGUCUCGAAACAUGUGCUGCAAUGGAGUUUUACCACAGCCAGUUGAAGCUCAGAUUGCUGAAUGAGAAAGAUUGUGCUGUUUAUCAGCGUACAGAUUGGUUGGUUGACAAGCUGGGCACAAAGGUACAUUCUUACUUUUGGCUUGAUGAGUACUCGGAGAAGAAUAAUUUUUCUCGGUAUUGGAAAGAUGAGUGGAUGAGUGGUUUGACAUAUUGGCGCAGAGCAUUGAGAAUUCCAGACUCGGAUGUUAUUAUUGAAGGUGGUAUUGCAAAAGUAACCGACCAAAUUACUCGAGACAGGAAGUUUGUUGUUUGGAAUCCUGGUUCGCAUUUUGGUAUUUGUGAUUGCCAAUGGGCAGAAAUGGGUAACCUAUGCGAGCAUAUGUGCAAAGUUAUUAACAUGUGCCGUAAAAAAGGGACAACAAGACCGUCGGUCAGUUUAUUGCAGUAUCAGAAGGCCUUGACUGACAUGCUGCAUCGUCCACCUCAUGAUUCUUUAAUACGUGAUCAUGCUGUAUCCUUUGCAAUGUCUGUACAGAAGCAGUUGAAUGCACUAAUCAGUAUGGGAAAUGACCUAGAGUUGAGAGGUCCUUUUCAGGCUCGUAUGAUAAAAACCCUGGAAAAUAAAAUUGAUAGGGAAGUAUCUACUGGUGACACAGAAUCUUUUAGGGAUAAUGUACUUAGAAACAAGUCCAAAUUGAAUCAGAACGAGAGUGACUGUGCCUCUGGACAGGAAGCUUCUAAUAAUAUUACUGAUAACUCUAGUAGUGAGCUUGUUGAUUUAACUGUGACUGGAAACCGCGUGGAUGGUGCAACUGCUGAGGAAGAAUGCCCUUGUACUGAGAUGGAUAUUGAUACAACUUCAAUCUGUAUAUCGCCACCUCGACUAAGUUCUGUUGAAGAGGUUGUAGGUGGCAAUUCCUUCCAACAAAGUAAAAAUGGAGUACAAAUCGAUAUGGAGUUUGAUAUUCUACCUUCCAGUUACGAUGCUGUCUGUAGUUUAAAUAAAUUUGUAGACAAUCAACAUCACCAUGAAAAGAUAGAAGUAGAUUCAUCACUCAUGAAUGAUCCUGUAACAGCAGCCGAUUUUUCGGUCCAGUGCAUGAUGAAAUCUCAGAAUGGUAUUCACAAUGAUGGUCCAGAGCCCACUAUUGCGUCAUAAAAGAUUAUAUCCUGUUAGAUAUGAACUCUGGGAACUAUUGAAGCUCAAGAAUGCUGUUGUGAUGCAAAUUUUGCGGGUCUAGAUGAACGAAUAUGGGUCCUAAAUUCUUCAUGGCACAAUUCUUCCCGCGGCUAAUAAUUAAGCUGUUCACAACUUAUUCUGUCUGGCCACAGUAAGAUUUCACUUUAAUCUACCAAUGAUGGUUUGAUGAAGUUUGUGCAUUGAUGAACUUUCAUUUGACGGAGAGAGGUUGAGGCCUCUGAACUAAGAACUCUCAGAUUACCUGCCAGAUACGAUAUUUUUCACAUUUAAAAUUCUCGAAUAUGAAACCAUGAGAUUCUUUCUGCACUUCCACAAGGCUGUGGCUGUGCCUUAGUAGCAUCUGAACAUUGCUAACUGGGGGGAUACUAAACUCUGGAUGAUACUACAUGAAUACUUAUUUUUUAUAUAUUGACUUCACAAACGGAGUACUCUUGCGCAGACCGGCACUGGCAAAUGAAAUUAGAUGACAUGUGGUAGAGUUUAGGAGAGAUGUGGAACAGUAAUUCCGAUUUCUGUCAUGUGGUUACUUAACCUUAUGUUUUAGGCGAACAGUGAAAUAUCCACCAGUGAAGAUGAAAAUGUCAUUUCAUGGAGACCGGUGAAGCUUUCUUACUGUUCUUGAGUUAUAUUGUAAAAGAUUGAUAGAGUGAAUAUGGUUUGGCAUGGCUGCAUGCUGACAAUAGAAAGCAGGCAGAAAUUCGACUCAAAUUUGACGGAAUCCUGACUUUAGGCUCUACAUUGGUAAAUUUUAGUUGUUCAGAAUUCAGAAUGAUGUUACUACCAAAUUUGUUGAUUUACUUGAAGUCUCGGAGGCUCAUGUGGUUUGUUAUCGACCAAGUCUUUUGCGGUUGAGGUGAAAACAAAGCAGCAAAAGUUAAAACUGCAUAGAGUUAAUGUAAAUUUGGCCAGAGGCUAUUGAUUUGUCCUAAACAAUGAGUUCAAAAUCCUUCUGAGGUGAUUGACUUAUUUUGUUAUUUUUCUUAUUAAAUCAUAUGGGUUCUGGAUUUUUUUCCCCCUUAAAUUAAAUGAAGGGCUGACACUGAGCAGAGGAUCACAGUUUGAUGCUAAAUUUUGUGAAUUUGCCUGCCCUCUGUCUCUGCCUUGUCUCUUCCCAUCUAGGUAAUGUACAAUGAUCCUUAACCUUCAAAUAUUUUUGUUUUAGCCUCUCGAUGCUGUUA